AUGGCCCGCGAUCUCUACAAGGACGGCGUGGACUUCGCGUCGCUCGCCCUCCAGUCGGCCGAAUUCGCUAAGUUCCUGAAGCCAAAUAACCAAUUGGAUUUCACGAACCCAGACGCUGUUAGACAACUGACCGUGAGCCUACUCAAACGCGAUUUCGGCCUGACCGUUGACAUCCCAGAAGCUCGAUUGUGUCCCCCGAUCCCCAAUAGAUUAAUUUAUAUCAUCUGGUUGCAAGAUCUGCUAGACACAACGGGAGAUGGAUACCGGGAUGCCUAUGAUCCUGACAGGGUCGUUACAGGCCUUGAUAUUGGCACAGGAUGCUGUAGCAUAUAUCCUCUCUUGGGCGUAAAGUCCAGAUCGAACUGGAAUUUCGUCGCAUCUGACAUUGACGAUGAUAAUAUCAAGACUUCUACGCAGACGAUUCAAGCAAACAAUCUUGACUCGCGCAUCCGGAUUGUGAAAACCAGCCCAGAUGGCGAUCUCAUCUCUCUGGGCACCCUAGGAGUUGAAAGACUCGAUUUCACCAUGUGCAACCCGCCAUUCUACGCUUCCCAAGACGAAAUGGUGGUCUCAGCAGAGGAAAAAGAUAGACCCCCAUUCUCGGCAUGCACCGGCGCAGAAGUUGAAAUGGUCACGCCCGGCGGCGAAGUCUCCUUCGUAUCCCGCAUGAUCACCGAGAGUAUCGCCCUUAGAGACAAGGUUCUUUGGUACACGUCCAUGCUCGGCAAACUCAGCAGCGUCUCUGCGCUCAUUGAGAAACUCAACGACCUUGGAAACACCAACUACGCCGUUACGGAAUUCGUGCAGGGUAAUAAGACUCGCCGGUGGGCAAUUGCUUGGUCAUGGACGGAUCGUCGGCCGGCCGUGAGCGUCGCCCGCGGUAUUCAAAGCCCUAACUACCCAAAGCACCUCCUUCCCUUCCCAUCGGAAUACACCUUCACCCUCUCGGGCCGCUCCAUCGAUGACAUCAGCAGUGCCGUCAAUGCAGAAUUCUCAUCUCUGCAUAUUGACUGGACGUGGCAUAGUGGUCUUACCCUGGGUAUCGGCUUCGCGGCGACGAAUGUAUGGUCGCGACAGUAUAGGAGGAUGAUGAAGCUGUCUCCCAAUGCUGCUAGUGGUAGUGAGGUUGAUCCUGACACGGCGGCGCUAGGGUUUAGGGUUCAGUUGGCUAUGGAACCAAGUGCGGGUGAGACAGGAGAAAGAAGUGUCAAGGUUCUGAUUCGGUGGCUCAAGGGGAUGGAUUCGGUACUGUUUGAGAGCUUUUGUGGGAUGGUUAAGAGGAAGUUGGAGGGGCGGUAG